CUUUAUGGGCUGUAGCUCUCAGACUGUGAUCUUGGAAGCUUAUAAAUAAUAGUCUUCAAAGCUUAAAAAGAUAAUUUAAAGCUUAUUAAGAAUUUUUGCUCGAUGAAAUACAAGUUUAUAGAUAUUGGCGCUAACUUGACGGAUGCGAUGUUUAAGGGCAUUUAUCAUGGGAAAACAUGCCAUCCUGGCGAUCUGUCGAGUGUUCUUAAGCGCAGUUUUAAUAGCGGGUUAGAAAAACUGAUCAUAACAGGAGGAGAUUUAAAAGAGAGUGAAAAAGCACUAUCUCUCUGCUACUUGGACGAAAGACUUUACUGCACUGUUGGUUGUCACCCAACACGUUGUUUGGAGUUUGAGACAUUCCCUUCUAGCCACAGUUCCGAAAGUUAUUAUCAUAAUCUUCUAGCUUUAGCCAAAUUGGGCAUCCAGCAAGGAAAAGUUGUUGCCUGUGGGGAGUGUGGGCUCGAUUAUUCGGAUCGUUUGCGAUUCUGCCCUAAACAAGUUCAAAUGAAAUACUUUGAAAAACAAGUUGAACUUGCCGGAGAGUUAAGCUUACCUCUGUUUCUUCACUGCCGCAACUCGUUCAACGACUUUUUUGAGAUUUUGAAUAGAAAUCGCGACUUGAUUAUUGGUGGGGUUGUUCAUUCUUUUGACGGUAGCCUAGAAGAGGCUUUGCGCUUCGUUGAGUCCGGCUUUUUUAUUGGCAUAAACGGCUGUUCGUUAAAGACGGUUGCUAACCUGGAAGUCGCUCGGGCCAUCCCUGCGGAACAUUUACUUUUAGAAACGGACAGCCCCUGGUGUGAAAUUCGUCCUUCCCACUCCAGUUAUGCUCUUGUUAAAACAAGGACUUCCAAUACUGAAAAACGCGAUAAAAGGAGGUGGUCCGAAGAUUGUCAAGUGAAGAGCAGAAAUGAACCGUGCAACAUUGUUCAGGUUUUGGAAGUUAUCGCGGAUUUAAAAAAUGUUGAUCCUGUCGAGUUGUCUGAAACCAUAUAUGAAAAUACAGAAACACUAUUUUUUAGAAAGAAAAAGCAAUAG